GCUAUCGGCGCCGACUAUUACAUCUUAAUGAAUCGGUGUUGACAAAAAGUGUCCUUGAAAAACAACCUUGCUUUGAUAUGAGAUAUUAUUGUUGCUUUUGAUAAAACAAGCUGUUUUUCAUCAUUAAAAACAUUUUUAUCCAUAGCAUAUGAAUGAUUGAACCCUUCUCUGUGGACACACAAUUUUAGAUGUAGUGAGAAGACAAUAAGGGUCAUAGAUUUGAUAUAAUAAUGAUAAAAUUAAAUUAAAGUGUAUAAUUGUGUUAAAUACAUUGUUACUAAUCCUUCACAACAUUUACAAUUGAAAAUGUUCAUUUUUAAACCUAAUAGCAGUUAGAAUUGCUGGACAUGUUUUGUCCCGUGUCUGAAGAAUCCGUGCCCUACAUAAGUUUACUAAUAAUAGUCCACCUGACAGAGAGAAUGAACACAAUGAAUUCAGACGCUGAUGAACAGCUGUUAACAAGCAGAUUCACUGAAGAACAGAGAAACAACACAAACACUACUACAACUCAUAUUUUAUAUAUUUUAUGUACUUGUUUAUUUUCAAAGAGUUGCUUAUUUAUUUCUGGAAAGUGUCUGGUGACAUUGGAGUGAUUUAAAAACCUUCUUCUUCCAGCCCAGCAGCAGCGAGUCGGUGAAGGACGAUGGCAUCUGGUGAGCAGGAUUGUGACACACGAGAUGAGCCGGAAAACAAAAAGCUGAAACUCGAGGAAGAGUCACAAAAAAUCUCAGAGAUGGCAGAGAAAUUCACCGAAAAACAAGCAGAUUUGAUUCUGAAAAAAUUCUUGGAAACUCACAAAUCCAACACAAAGAAGAAAGCAGAAGGUAUUUUUGAGGGCACAGAAGAAAAUAAAGCACAUCUCCAGGCUGUUUACACAGAGCUCUUCAUCACAGAGGGAGAAAUGAAGGAGGUUAAUCAGGAUCGUGAGUUUAUGAAGAUUGAUGAUGCUUUCAAGAACAAAAAAACACAGGACAAACCAAUCAAAUGCAAUGAUAUAUUUACAUUAUUAAGGGAAAACAAUGAGAAAAAGAUUGUGCUGACCAAGGGAGUCGCUGGCAUUGGAAAAACAGUCUCUGUGCACAAGUUCAUCCUGGACUGGGCAGAAGGAGAAGCCAAUCAGGAUAUAGACUGUGUGUUCCUGCUUCCAUUCAGAGAGAUUAACUGCAUUAAAGACAGAGAGUUCAAUCUCCAUGAGUUUCUGCGGAAAUUUUAUGCUGAAUUGAAGAACAUGGAAAAAUCAAAGUUAUAUGAGGAAUGUAAACUUGCCUUUAUAUUUGAUGGACUUGAUGACAGUCACCUGCCUUUAAAUUUUAAAAGCAAAACAUUGAACGAUGUUGAGGAAAGAUCAUCUGUAGAUGUGCUGUUCACAAGUCUGGUCAAAGGUCAGCUGCUUCCAUCAGCUCUAGUCUGGGUGACCUCACGACCAGCAGCAGCCAAACAGAUCCCUCCUCGGUAUGUAGGUUUGUUCACUGAGGUGCGAGGAUUCACUGACCAGCAGAAGGAGGAGUACUUCAGAAGGAGAAUCACAGAUGAGAGUCUGGCUGACAGAAUCAUCUCACACAUUAAGACGUCUCGUAGUCUCUACAUCAUGUGCCACAUUCCUGUGUUCUGCUGGAUCACAGCCACAGUACUUCAGAAUACUCUCAAGAGCAGUGAAGAGAACAUCAGCACAACACUCACGGAAAUGUACAUCCACUUCCUGCUGAUACAGAUGAACAUGAAUAAACAGAAAUAUGACGAAAAGACAGAAAGAGAAUCUACAAAGAACCUAGAUUUAAACAGAACAAUGAUUUUAAAGUUAGCCAAGCUAGCAUUUGAACAGCUGAAGAAGGAACACAUAGUGUUCUAUGAGGAAGAUCUGAAAUCAAGUGGUAUUGAUGUGAGUAAAGACACUGAGUUCACAGGAAUGAUUGCUGAGAUCUUUAAGAUGGAAUUACUUCAUUUCAAGAAGGUUUUCAGCUUUGUGCAUCUGAGUGUUCAAGAGUUCCUCGCUGCAGUGCAUGUGUUCCUCUGUUACCUGAACAAGAACAUGCAGGAGCUUCAGUUUUUCUUUGAUGAGCCAGAAGAAAAUAUCACAUUGCAGGAGCUACUGCAGGAGGCUGUUGAUAAAGCCGUGGAGAGUCAGAGAGGACAUCUGGACCUGUUCCUGCGGUUUCUGAUGGGCAUUACAUUGGAAUCCAGUCAGAACCUGCUCAAAGGCCUGAUCACACACACUGAAGACACCACAGAGAGCAUCAGACAAAUAACUCAAUAUAUUAAACAAGUACAAAACAAGAAUAUCUCAGAUGAAGCUUCAGUCAACCUAUUCUACUGCUUGCUUGAGCUCAAAGAUCAUUCAUUAUAUGAGGAAAUCCAGAGAUACCACAGUUCAGAUGAACAUCCAGGAAGAGACCUCUCAUCUUCAAUGUGCACCGUGCUGACCACAGUACUGCUGACGUCAAAGAAGGUGCUGGAUGAGUUCAACCCAAAGAGAUAUACGUCAUCACAAGCAGGCUUUACAAGACUGGUUCCAGCUGUGAGAUGCUGCAGAAGAGCCUUAUUUGACGGCUGUGGUCUUGAUGAGACAUGCUGUGAAUCUGUAUCUUCAGCUCUCCAAUCAUCAAACUCUCAUCUGACAGAGUUGGACCUGGGUAACAAUGACCUGCGGGAUUCAGGAGCGAAGCUGCUUUCUGAUGGUCUGAAGAGUUCACACUGUCAGCUGAACACACUGAGGCUGUAUGGCUGUAGUCUCACUGCUCAGUCUUGUGAGAGUUUGUCAUCAGCUCUACAAUCCUCAAACUCCUGUCUGAGAGAGUUGGACCUGAGUAACAAUGACAUCCAGGAUUCAGGAGUGAAGCUGCUUUCUGAUGGACUGAAGAGAAACUGUCAGCUGGAGAUACUGAGGUUUUCCAUAUGUAAUCUCACUGCUCAGUCUUGUGAGAGCUUGUCAUCAGCUCUACAAUCCUCAAACUCCCGUCUGAGAGAGCUGGACCUGAGUAACAAUGACCUGCAGGAUUCUGGAGUGAAGCUGCUCUCUGAUGGACUGAAGAGAAACUGUAAGCUGGAGAUAUUGAGGUUAUCUGGCUGUAUGGUGACAGAGGAAGGCUGCGUUUAUUUGUCUUCAGCUUUGAGUUCAAACCCCUCACACCUGAGAGAGCUGGAUCUGAGCUACAAUUACCCAGGAGAUUCAGGAGUGAAGCUGCUCUUUGAAAAUCUCAAGUAUCUGGACAAACUACAAAUGGAUCAUGGAGGAGAAUCCAGAAUUACAGCAGGACUACACAAAUAUUCCCAUCAGCUCACUCUGGAUCUGAACACAGUAAAUAAACGCCUCCAUCUGUCUGAGAGCAACAGAGUGAUUACUGGCACCCGCACAGUCCAGCCGUAUCCUGAUCAUCCAGAAAGAUUUGAUGUGUGUCAGGUGUUGUGUAGAGAGAGUGUGUGUGGACGCUGUUACUGGGAGCUGGAGUGGAGUGGAGAUAGAAGUGUGCGUAUAUCGGUGUCAUAUAAGAGCAUCAGCAGGAAGGGAGGAGGUGAUGAGUGUGGGUUUGGAGGUAAUGAUCAGUCCUGGAGUUUGUUCUGCUCUCACUACGGUUACUCAUUCACUCACAAUAACAGAUGGACUGAUCUCCCUGUGAAGUCCAUCAGCAGGAGAAUAGGAGUAUUUGAUGAUGAUGAUGAUGAUGAUAUCAGGAGAAUAGGAGUGUUUGUGGAUCACAGUGCAGGAACUCUGUCCUUCUACAGCGUCUCUGACACAAUGAGCCUCAUCCACACAGUCCAGACCACAUUCACUCAGCCGCUCUAUCCUGGGUUUUAUGUUGAAUAUGGAUCAUCUGUGAAACUGUGUUGAUGAAUCAGAAGAGACUGACCAGAGAUUCUACACUGGUAAAAAUUAUGUGUUGGAUUUACUUAAAAUAUAUACAGUAUGCACCAUUUUUGCAUCACACUUUUUAAGUAAACCCAACUUAGAACAAUUUUACUUAAAAUAAACAAGAUAAUCUUUGUUAUAUGAACUUAAAUAUUCGAGUUCACUCAACAUUCUUUACUUAAAACAUGCAACAUGAUAUAAUUUACUAAAUAAUAUCAAGUUGUGUUUACUUAAUAUUUUAGCUCAUUUAUAUUAAAUAUAUAAUUAAUUGAGUUGAACCAACAUUCUUUACUUAAAAAAAAAUAUGUAACACGAUAGAAUCUACUAAAUAAUUGCAAGUUGUGUUUACUUAAUAUUUAAGCUCAUUUAUAUAAAAAAAUUAAUUGAGUUAACUUAACAUUUUAACUUAAUUUAUAUCUUCAUCUUUUGGUCUGCUUACUGCACUGCUCCAGUACAUUCAAUAUCUUAUAUAAAUUAAACACGCAAAUCACAAAAAAUAAAGCAUUUCAGUUUAUUUUUUGACAGGCUGCAAAGCAACGGUGAAGCCUGAAAACAUCGUGAAUGUACAACAAAAUGUUUACACUCCGAUUGAUGCACGAGAUCAAACAGACAGUACAAUUUACAUUUACAUUUAAUCAUUUAGCAGACGCUUUUAUCCAAAGCGACGUACAAUAUGAGAACAAUAGAAGCAAUGAGACCAUCGAGAGUGCAGCAGUAUACAAGUGCCAUGACAAGUUUCAGUUAGCCCAGCACAGUACACGUAG